ACGAGGUAGAUGUCCACUUUAGGAUAUGUACAUUGUGGAAUUACGGCCACAUGCACGGACACACAUUAAAAUACAGGUAGAGCCAUUUAAAUCUAGCUCGACCUAAUUUAACGCACGAGUGUGGUCAUUAGCGUUGUUUGGACAUUGUCCAAACAAACAAGAUGGCGUCUCGAACAUAUUGCUUUCUGGCGACUGUUCUCUUCAAACUUAUUACUGUAACCAAGGCGGAAAUUUGUUAUUAUGGUUCCUAUUACACGUACUUCACCUCCCACUAUUACUGUAGUACGGGAUGCUGUGGAUAUUAUUACAACCGACUCUGUUGUGAUAACACAAAUACUGGUCAAAUCGUCGGGUACGUAUUCGGAGCCAUGCUGUUGGUCGGAUUUCUCGGUGUGGUUAUCUUCUUGUGUCUCAUAAAAAAGAACCGGAGCCGGGGAGCAAUUGUCCAUCCAAAUAAUACCAACACGGUGACUGUCGCGACCGUAAACCAGGUACAGCCUCCGCCGUAUGGUCAGCCGGCGUAUGCUCAACCACAACCGUAUGGCCAUUCAUACCCGUAUGGCCAGGCAGCUCAUCCUCCACAGAAUGCCCUUCCGCCCCCUCCAGCCUACAGCGCUCCAUCUCAUCCACCACCUGCGUACUAGGGCGCCUUGCACACAUCAACUUUAGCUCUCGCCAGCCUGCAUUUCGCCUUCCCACUCUCAACCAGUCUACUAGAACGCCAAAAACUCAUUAACAUCUUCCGCCAAAGACUAUCACCGGCCAGCCUACUGGAACGCGGAGGGCAUAAAUAUGUUCAACUUUCGACCCGCGUUUCUUGUCUACAUGAAUCGGCGAGGACACAUAUCUCUAGAAAGAACUUCUGACUCCAUCCGGCCCUACUGUCUCUAACCCCAUUGCCUACUGGAGCACCACGACACACAUCACCAACUUCUAGAACGCGGGCUCGUUAUACAGAUUUUAGGUUAAUCAUCAAUCGGGAACCGUCGGCACUUUCCGUAAACACUGGAAGGUGCCGACGGAACUCCACAAAUGUCUUUCUCCUUUCUAUAUACAUUUAAGCUGUAUAACAACAAUCACAUAUGGAAGUGCUCGUUUCUUUUAUUAGGUUUUUGAGCAUUGCAAAGGAAAAUCAAUGUCCAAGAAAAAAAAUGAUAAUAAAAUAUUAAUUAAAAAGCGUAAAAAAUCACGAGGGACGAGACCAUUCUUUUCGCACAAAUCAACUAUAUGAAUUUAAACAAUACAUGUAAGGUGAAUUAUUGUAUAGAAUGCUUGGGAAACCAAACUAUCGUGGACAUCUACGAUGAUUGCAAUUUCUACAAAAGUGUCAAUCGGUAGUGAAGUUUGCGUGGAUUAGAUAUCUGAAAGUAUUACUUUCGUCAGGUAUAUGAUUAUGACGAAAAUUCAGUGAUAUUCUAACUUUAACACUGCUGGUGUUAUACAACAGAAUAAUCAGGAAUCUCGUUCAUUUAAGCAGGGACGUAUACUGUCCCUUAUUUAAGACUCUGACUGUCGUGCCGAAAUAGGGUACACGUGUACGUGUUACAUUAUGAAUGUCGAGGUUUCAUUUUGCAAUAAUGCAAUUUGUUAUUUUUUUUGUUAUAUUUGUGCACAUGGAGAAAAAUAAUUUUGUC